AUGGCUUCGAAGCUCUUCCCUGUCGUCCCUCGGGUCGGCCGUCAAUUGUUCCAGCAGCUCCCCAAGUCCCAAUGCAGAGCAUUCUCCGCUGGGCCGCAACUUUUCAGUGACGCCCUUGCCGUGCACCGCAACAAGCCCUCCAACAACCCGACCCUCCCGUUCAAGUUCAACGACCAGAACCUCCAACUCAUCGAUGAGAUCCUCAAACGCUACCCUCCCCAGUACAAGAAGGCUGCUGUCAUGCCUAUCUUGGAUCUGGGCCAGCGCCAGCAUGGCUACACCAGCAUCAGUGUCAUGAACGAGGUCGCCCGGUUGCUUGAAAUGCCCCCGAUGCGUGUUUACGAAGUCGCAACCUUCUACACCAUGUACAACCGUGAGCCGGUUGGCAAGUACUUUGUUCAACUUUGCACUACGACACCAUGCCAGCUCGGUGGCUGCGGUAGCACCAAGAUCCUCGAAGCCAUUUCGGAACACCUAGGCAUUACCCCCGGCCACACUACCGAAGACGGCCUGUUCACCUUCAUCGAAGUCGAAUGUCUCGGUGCCUGUGUCAACGCCCCCAUGGUGCAGAUCAACGACGACUACUACGAGGACCUCACCCCCGAAUCCACCAAGGCCCUCCUCACCGCGCUCAAGGACUCCGCUACCGCGACGGAUAAAUCGGUCAAGGUCCCUGCCCCCGGCCCGUUGAGCCAGAGAGAAAGCUGCGAAAACAGUGCUGGUCACACGAAUUUGCAAGACCCGCCGGUGUGGAACCCGGAGACCAUGAUGAGAACGGAUGGUGCUUUGGACGCUCAGCAAUAA